GGCCCUAAAGUGAUGAGGGCAUUUUGAUAACUUCAUUUCCAGUCUCACACACUCCUCCCACUUCACUCUAUAAACCCGCCCCUUCUAACUCGCAAAGCAAGCAAAGCAAAUCAAGCAAAAAUUCACUGAUCUAUCUAAACAUCUAACAAUGGAGAGAGACGGAGGACGUAACUACAACCGUGGACGUGGCGGCGCCGCCCUUCCCCGCUCCGGCGGCGACGGCGGUAAUCGUGGUGGCAGAGGCGGAAACGGUGGUGGAGGAAGAGGCAGGGGUCAAGGGGGUGGUGGAAGAGGAGGGGCUAGGGCUUGGGGUCCUUCCGAGUUAAGUCAGAAUCAAGGUCAAUGUGGUGGUGGUGGUGGUGGAAGAGGAGGAGGGGCUAGGGCUUGGGCUCCUCCUCAGCAGGGUCAGAAUCAAGGUGGUGGUGGUGGUGGUGGUGGAAGAGGAGGAGGAGGGGCUAGGGCUUGGGGUCCCUCACAGAGCGGUGGUCAACAGUGGGUUGAUAGGGCGGUUCAGGGAGGUCCGGUUGGUGGUGGUGGUGGUGCUUACAGGCCACCAGCGCCAUUGCAGCAAGUUCAAGGUGUGGGGGUGGGGUCAACGCGUGGAGUGUGGAGUGGGCGACCAUGGAGUGGGAGCCCUGUUGCUGGUCAGUCGUCGUCUCAACCUCCGAUUCAGCCUGUUCCUGUUUCUCAGAAGCUUACUGAACAAGCUCUUCCUGAUAUAAAGCAAUUGCAAAUUUCAGAAAAGAAGCCUUCAUCGUCUAUUCCAGGAGGAAGUUCAGAGAAGAAGAUUGUGCCCAUAAAACGACCUGACAAUGGGGGCACACUUGCUUUCAGGAAUACAAGGCUCUUGGCAAACCACUUUCCUGUGAAAUUCAAUCCACAGAGCAUCAUAAUGCACUAUGAUGUGGAUAUCAAACCAAAUAUGCCUCCUGGCAGUCGCGCUGCAAAGAGGCCAAUUUCGAAAUCUGAUCUCCGUUUGAUUACGGACAAACUAUUUUCUGAUGAUCCCACUCGAUUUCCCGAGCUAAUAUCUACUUAUGAUGGCGAGAAGAACAUCUUCAGUGCAGUGCCACUACCCACUGGGACGUUCUAUGUGGAGUUGUCUGGUGGAGAGGACACUGCGCCUCGCUCUUAUAGAUUCACUAUUGAGUUAGUGAAUGAGCUGAAGGUUUCAAAGCUAAACGAUUACUUACGAGGAAUGCUCUCAUAUGUCCCUCGUGAAAUAUUUCAAGGGAUGGAUUUGGUAAUGAAGGAUAAUCCAAGUAGGCAUAUGAACUCUGUUGGUCGAAGUUUUUUCUCCAAGGAAUUUAGACCAAACGAUGACCUUGGCUAUGGCGUUGCAGCUUUCAGAGGCUUUCAACAGAGCCUAAAGGCCACUGCCCAGGGUCUAGCUCUAUGUUUGGACUCUUCGGUGUUGGCAUUGCGCAAGCGAUUGCCUGUCCUAGACUUCCUUAUGGAACAGGGUUUUCAACUAAAUGAUGUGAGAACGUCAAGAAGAGAAGUAAUGCGAGAGGUAAUGCAUGUGUUGAAAGGAUUGAAAGUUCAUGUAACUCACCGUCUGACAAACCAGAAAUACACUAUAGCAGGGUUCAGUGAUCAAAAUACGCGAGAUAUUACAUUCACUCUUGAAGAUCGAGAGGGUGAGAAUCCACCGAGGGAAAUUGGCCUCGUCGAGUAUUUCAGGGAGAAAUAUAACAGGGAACUAAGGUACCAGGACAUGCCUUGUGUGGAUUUGGGCAAAGGUAAUAGAAAAAAUUAUGUGCCUAUGGAAUUCUGUGUUUUGGUGGACGGGCAGAGGUAUCCAAAGGAGCAUUUGGAUAGGGAUCAAGCUCUCUUCUUGAAGCAAAUAUCAUUGCCUCGUCCAAGGGAGAGAAAGGACACUAUCUAUGGGAUGGUGCGAUCUGAGGAUGGUCCUUGUGGAGAUGUUGCUCGGAAUUUUGGGAUUGAAGUGAAGAAGGACAUGACAAGAUUGUUAGGUCGUGGCAUGGAGCCACCUGUUUUGAAGGUAGGUUCUUCCACAGGCAGUGCGGUGGUCCUAAGAAUUACUGACAAGGAUAAGUGUCAGUGGAACCUUCUUGGGAAAUCAGUUAUGGAAGGCAUGCCACUCGAUCGAUGGGCCUUGAUUGAUUUCACUGCAAAUGAUCGGUAUAAUAAACUCAAUCCUGACCGUUUCAUUCCCAACCUGAGGGCUAGAUGCUAUAAUCUGGGGAUCCAAGUGGAGGAUCCAGUUGCAUGUCGUUUCACCAAUAUGAACAAAUUCUCUAGUUUAGCUACCAUUCAAGAACUGCUUGACAGUGUAGUUAAAGAGGCAAGUAGGAAUUGUAAGGGCAAACUACAACUUAUUUUCUGUGUGAUGUCUGGAAAGCAUGAUGGUUACAAGUAUCUCAAAUGGGUGUCUGAGACGCAGAUUGGUGUAUUGACUCAAUGUUGCAUAGUUGGUAUUGCAAACAAAGGUAAGGACCAGGACCUUGCAAACAUUGCUCUGAAGCUUAAUUGCAAGCUUGGGGGUAGCAAUGUAGAACUGAACGGAAUGCUCCCCGGUUUCGAAGGUGACGAACAUGUUAUGUUUGUGGGGGCUGAUGUCAAUCACCCUAAAGCAUUUAAUGCGUCUUGUCCGUCCAUUGCAGCUGUUGUGGCAUCAGUCAACUGGCCUGCUGCCAAUCGUUAUGUUGCUCGGAUUUGCCCCCAAGAGCACCGGAAGGAGAAGAUUGUGAAUUUUGGGCCCAUGUGUUUGGACCUAGUCAACACUUAUGCUAAGCUUAACAAAGUCAAACCGAAGAAGAUUGUUGUUUUUCGUGAUGGGGUUAGUGAGGGCCAAUUUGAUAUGGUUCUUAAUGAAGAGUUACUGGAUCUGAAGAAUGCCAUAUAUGAGGGAAACUACCGUCCUACGAUCACUCUUGUUGUUGCCCAGAAGCGGCACCAGACUCGUUUGUUUCUUGAGAAUGAGAGGGAUGGGGGAGCAUCUGGCAAUGUGCCUCCGGGAACAGUUGUGGACACGACAAUUGUUCAUCCCUUUGAGUUUGAUUUUUAUCUGUGCAGUCAUUAUGGAAAUCUUGGGACUAGCAAGCCAACCCACUACUAUUGUUUGUUUGAUGAGAACAAGUUCACUUCUGAUAAGUUACAAAAGCUCAUAUACCAUUUGUGUUACACCUUUGCUCGAUGCACCAAGCCUGUGUCGCUCAUCCCUCCGGUGUACUAUGCUGAUCUUGUUGCGUACCGGGGACGCCAGUAUCAAGAGGUUGUCAUGGAGUUUCAGCCGCCUCCUUCAGUUUCAUCUUCAUCGUCGUCGUCAUCUUCUGCUGCUUCACUUAAUGAGAGGUUCUAUGCUCUGCACUUGGACCUCAAGGAUACUAUGUUUUUCAUUUGAAGCGGCCAACACGGCGGUUCAAAAAAUCUCAUUUCAUUCUCUCAGUAGUGAAGUGGAUGAGAUUUAAACUGUUCACCGUUGGAAAUGCCCAAACGCAAUUCAACCUCCUUUCCUAAGCAACUAGAAAAGGAGUUUGUGCGUGAAUCUAAUGGGAUUUCAUGGGUAAACACUUGGUUCAUGACUCCAUACCGGGGUUCAUGUCUUCGUGCUGCCUUUUCUCAUGGUGCUGAAAAUUAUGUUUGUGUGUGCGACACAAACAUGAUUCUUAAACCAUGUAAAACUAGAGGCAUGGUAAGAGUCACCGGUAACUAGCCAGUACCGUGUGUUUUGAGGUCUUAGUUUGGUGUCUAUUUUCAUGCUUUUUUCACUAUUAUGUGUUUAAACUGGAGCAUAUGAUGUCCUGUACUAGGCUUGCUUUGUGUUUCUGAAUUUGUGUUGUUCAAACUAUAGUUUAUGUUUUGUAAUAAAUAAAUGUGUGGUUUUGCUUGGAUAAGUUUCAUGAUUGGUUUCGUUUUUA